AAUUAAAAAAAGUCCUAUUUUCUAAUUCUAAAUUAGAAUUACGCCACACAGACACUCGGACUCGACUCGGCACUCCUGUUCUCUAAAACCCUGCAUUCCUCCGAGCCCUCACGCAUCGUCCGCCGCUACCGCUGCCGCCGCCGCGUUUGCCGCCCUCCACCAACACCACAGCAGGCGUCACCCUGCUCGUCCGACGGCGCCGCCCCCCUCCGGCCAGGAAGAAAGCAUGAAUUGAAUUUGGUCAUCAACUCCAGCUUAACAUCGAAUCCCAGACGCAGCAGCGCAACAUUUUAAUGGAGGAGAAACCAGAGCAACUGUCAGCUUCCGACAACAAAAGCGUACCUAAUUUAUGUGAAGAGUGCAACAUUAAUGCAUCAAAGUACAAGUGCCCAGGAUGCUCUCGCCGCACGUGUAGCCUUACUUGCGUCAAUUCCCACAAGCAGCGCACCGCCUGCAGCGGGAGACGACCGCUUACUAAUUUCAUCCCGAUUUCCCAAUUCGAUGAUAACCAGCUUGUUUCAGAUUAUAACAUGCUCGAGGAUGUGAAGAGAGUUGCUGAUUCUGCUCAGAGGAUGAGAGUUACAGUAUGCGGGUAUUCUCAUUUUAGGCUUCCUUACCCCCUCAAAAAUCUUCGGGGUGCUGCUGCAAGUCGUAGAACAAAAUUACUUUUCCUUGCCAAUGGCAUGUCGAAGAGAGAGAAGAACAAGACUUACUACAACCAUAUGAAAAAAUUCAUAUCCUGGACUGUCGAAUGGCGGUUUCAUUUAACUGAUGUAGUGCUGCUUGAUCAUGGAAUACACGAGAAUGCAACUUUCUUUUCUGUGAUUGAGAAACACUUAAAACCUGGUCCAUGGAACCACCAGUUGAAACAAUUCUGUGACGAGAGCCUAGAUUCUCUUAAAUUUUUCAUCCGGAAAUAUCCAAAGGGACCAAAAUCACCUUUUUGCCAAUUAGACAUAAAUGCGCCAAUCCGUGAGCAGUUAGCUAAUAUAGUUGUUCUGGAAUACCCCGUUAUCCAUGUCUUUCUACCCUCACACAGCUGUGAUUUUGAUGUAAUGAAAAAAUCCAUUCCGAGGAAAGUGGAGAUUAAGGAGCCUGCUCAUCGUGAUUACCCAAGUCCUAAAGGCGUAACUUUUAAGGAGGAAGAAAUUGAAGAUGGGGGCUCACCAGAUCCUCUUGUCUCGGAUCUCUUGAGUCAUAAGAUGAGGGUAAGUGAGAAUCAACCAAAACAGUUGGUUCACAGCCCACGAGUUGUCAAAGCUGCAAAGUCAGCCAAUCCAGUUUCUCACUGUGAUAAUCACACUGUCACAAGUGAAGACAGUAAAACAGGCACCCGUUCCUGCAUUGAGGAGUUGGCUGAAAUUCCUGAUCUGGAUUUUGAUUUUGAGUCGGGUUUUAUUGAUGUGUACCCAGACCUUACCACAGAUGCUAACUCUGACGACUUUCUUGAUUUUGAUCGGAUACCAUUAUCCAAACAAAAGGAAGUCGAGGAAGGAGAGUAUCUCAUGGAGGAAGAACUAGAGGAGGGAGAGAUAGCAUAAAUACUGAACCAUAUUUCCUUGCAGCUUUGGUGCUAUAUAUAGUUGAUGGGUGUCAGUCUAGAAAACCUGCACCAUUGCAUUGCCAGCUAAAGCAAUGAUUGAAGCUCAACCCAAACUCGUGUGCGUUUCCAGGUCAGCCUCUAGCUUUCGAUUGAUUGGCCUCUUUGGAUUACUUCUUGGCAAGAGCCAACACUUUUCCUCCUUGGAGACUUCAGAUUGCUAGCAGCUAUGUCAUGUUCCCUUACAACGUUGUUUUUCAAUUUUCAAAUCUUUUGAAGUGUUGGAAUUCCAUCUCCCUUCAACUCAGAUGUGGAAGAUCAGCAAAGGAAUUCCAUCUCUCUUCAACUCAGUUUGUACAGUUUGGUGAUGACAUGUGGGAGUGAAAUGAACGUUUAUUUCCAAUUCUCAUUUAUUAGGAAUCAUCAUUUCCAUUCUCA